UCUACUAUUCCUCUUCGACUCCCGCUUGACGCCGUCCGUUUCCCUUCUUCCGCGUCUCCCGAACUUCCCAAGUCUCUUCCAUUUCCCUUCUUCCAGUAGCUUCCUGCCUUCCUCCGCCUCCGCCUCCGCCGCCGCCGCACUCAACCAAACCAAACCCCAAGCGAGCGAAGCGAGCUCCGAGCUCUCCCCCCCUCUCUCCACGGUCGAGCGCGGAUCCCGACCGAACUGGCGAUGCAGAACCCGGCGAGCCACCCCGUCGACCUGCCGCUGGCGGCGCCGCCGCCGCCGGUGAAGGCGCCGACCCCGCGGCCCCCUCCGCCGGCCUCGAUGCAGCCGGAGUCGCCGGGGGUGUUCUUCACCGCCGCCGCGGCGGCCGCCCCCGCCGGCUCCUCCCACCGCCGCAUCGCCAUCGCCGUUGACCUCUCCGACGAGUCCGCCUACGCCGUCCGCUGGGCCGUCGCCAACUACCUCCGCCCCGGGGAUGCCGUCAUCCUCCUCCACGUCCGCCCCACCUCCGUGCUCUACGGCGCCGACUGGGGCUCCGUCGACCUCUCCCUCCCCGCCAACCCUAACCCUAGCGACCCCCCGUCGGCCGAGGACGACGCUGAGGCCGCCGCGCGCAAGAUGGAGGACGACUUCGACGCCUUCACUGCUUCCAAGGCCGACGACCUUGCGAAGCCCCUCAAGGACGCCGGGAUCCCCUACAAGAUCCACAUCGUCAAGGAUCACGACAUGAAGGAGAGGCUCUGCCUCGAGGUGGAGAGGCUUGGCCUCAGCGCGGUCAUCAUGGGGAGCAAGGGCUUUGGCGCCUCCAGGCGGACCAGCAAGGGGAGGCUUGGAAGCGUCAGUGAUUACUGCGUGCACCAUUGUGUGUGCCCGGUGGUGGUGGUGCGUUUCCCUGACGAUGGUGUGGCAGAGGGCGGAGAUGGUGGCGCAGCGGAGUUGGCAGUGGGUGAGGAAAUGCUGCACCCUGUGCCGGAGGAGGAUGCUGAGUACCAUGACGCCACUGAAGAGCACAAGGAUACUUGAUCGAUUGCUGUAUGAUGAUGUCCUCUUUGACCCAGCAUGUAAAGGUUAUAGCAGUCAACUGUUUCCUGGGUGCUAACUGCCGUUUCUUCUGAGGGCAUUUGCUGUUCCGUGCAACUUUCGCUGCCUAUGUUUAUUCAUGCUUUGUUGUAUUUUCUUGUCUUGUUUUAUGUAGUUUUAUCUGACUGUUGUACUGCUUGCACCGUUAUUUUUUAUGAUUUAGAACUUUUGUGCUUUCUCAACUUCACAAGAUCCGUUUCUGAAUUCUGAUGAAAGUUACAGUUUGCCUACUUAGCGAACCAAGUAACGGUCUCCCUAUUUUUUUUUUCUUGCUGUACUUCCCAUCAAAGUAAGAUUGUGGUAGUAGAUAUGAUGAAUCUCUCGAUUUGCCCGUGUCAAUAUCUGUCAAAGGAAACUUUAUCUUUUUUUUAAUCUACUGUUAGGAAAAGCUGACGUUU